AUGCUUUUGCAGCUCCAUGGCCAGCAAAUCCGUAUUCCAGACCUCGGACGGCUGAUGAAAGAUUGGCCGAGGGACCAGAACCCACACCUCGAUGCUGUAGACAGCAAGAUUCUCCAGAUCAUUGAGAGAAUCGAAGCUCUCACCUCUUUCCAGGCCUGGAUGUUCAUCGUCGAUGACAUGCUUGACCAGUACUCGCUCAUACAUAACUUCGACUUUGCGUCACUGCAUCUUCUUCUGGCCGAUUGCCGGGACUUCAUCGACCGUAGCCUCGGACUCCUCACUACCGCUGAAAGCGGUCAACCGCAGUAUAGGGAUCACGAUGCCGUUGUGUCAUUUGCUGAGUAUGCUCAAGCUGUCAUGAAGGCCAACGGGGACAAUUACAGCUAUCGACAACGCAUCGCAAAAGAAGCUACUGCCACCCUCGAUGGCUACCGACAAGAAGCCGUGAACCGGUAUGCUGGUCGAGCCACAUCGCUCCAAGAGUACCUCGGAUACCGAGAGGCAUCAUCAUGCAUCAUGCAAGUGGCGGUCAACCUUGAGUUCGCCAACGGCAUCAACCUCCCCGAGGAGGUCAUGGCAUCCCCAGAAAUGCGUGAGUUGUACCGAGCUGCUGUUGCCAUCGUCUGGAUCGUCAACGACAUUGUGAGUCUGCGCAAGGAACUCAAGGAAGGUUUCGUCGAGAACCUUGUUGUCUUGUUAGCCAAUGGCGAUGCGCAAAAGGGGCUUGAUGGUGCUGUGGCUCGAUUGGAGCACGAAGUCUCUGCGCUCAACGAUGCCGUUAAGGCUUCUGCUCGCCGGUUCGACGAUACGCCCUACAAGAGUCACGUCACUCUGCUGGCGAAAAAUUGCAAGAAUAUGUGUAUGGCAAAUUGGCUGUGGAGUAUGAAGACCCCCCGGUACUGUCUUUCAGACAUCAAGCCUGAUGCCGAAGGCGGGUACACAUUCACGGUUGAUUCCACGCCGGAGGAGAACUGA